GAUUAUAAAAAUUAUUCAAAAAACUAUUCCACUGUAACCCUAAUUUCCUCUUUUUAGUUCUCAUCCCUAGCCCUAGACAGCCGCCCAUCUACUCUCUAACACCGACUCAAUUCAAUUUAACUCAACUCAAAAAUUUCUUCCCCAAAUCAAUAAUAUUCCCAAUUUUUUUUAGUUAGAGGGGGGAAGGCAAAGCUCCAAAAACAAUGGGUAUGAAACUAUUCAACGACGAUGUUGGUCCCGAAAACGACGACAUAUCGAAGAUUGAAAUCAACAAAGAGUAUGCUCGAAGAUUCGAGCACAACAAGAAGCGGGAGGAUCUACAGAGGUACGAGGAGCUCAAGAAGAAAGGUCACGUUGAAGAAUCUGAUGAAGAAUCUUCUGAUGAUGAUGACGACGACGACGAUGAAGUAGACUUUACUGACCAAAUUGCGAAAGAUGAAGAUUUCUUUAAAGCUCUACUUCGGGUGAGAAGCCGGGACCCAAAAUUGAAGGAAAAAGAUGUGAAGCUUUUUGAGUCUGAUGAUGAUGAUGAAAGUGGCAAAUCGGACCAAGAAGAAAGCGAGCAGGGAAAAAAGAAAGAUAAGAAGUCAAUGUAUUUAAAAGAUGUGGUUGCAAAGCAGUUGAUUGAAGAAGGGCCUGAUUUCGAUGAACAGGAUGCUUCUGUUAAGACGAAGAAGAAGGUAAAGACUUAUGAUGAAGAACAAGAAGAGAUAAAGAAGGCUCUUUUGGAUGCAACUGAAGAAAUUGAAAACGAAGAUGAUGGAGAUUUCUUAAGAGUAAAGGAAAAAAAGGGUAAGGAUGAUGAGGGAAAAGAAGGCUUAAACCAUGGUGAAUUUUCUAAGAAGUUGGAAGAAUAUUUCGGGGAAGAUGCUGAAAUCGAUGAGAACUCGAAGUUCUUGAAGGAGUUUUUUAAGAACAAGAUGUGGAUCGAUAAGGAGAGGAAAGGCGGGGAUCCUGAGAUUGAUAACGACAUAGUGGAUGAGGUGUUGAGGGAUGAAGAGGAGAUUGAGAGACAGGAGGGGUAUGAGAUGGAGUAUAACUUUAGGCACGAGGAGAAUGCGGAGGAUAGAGUGAUAGGGUAUUCUCGGAAAGUAGAGGGGACAGUGAGGAAGAAGGAGAGCAAGAGGAAGGCGCAAAGAGAAAGGAAGGAGGAGAGAAUGAGGGUUGCGGAAAUGGAAAGGAAGGAGGAGUUGAAGCAUUUGAAGAAUCUGAAGAAAGAAGAAAUUAAGGAGAGAAUGAAGAAGGUUAUGGAGAUUGCAGGGAUUAACAAAGACGAUUGUCCGUUUAGUGCAAAGGAUUUGGAGGAGGAGUUUGAUCCUGAUGAGUAUGAUAAGAUGAUGGAGGCUGUAUUUGAUGAGAAGUAUUAUGAUGACGAAGAUGCUGAGUUAAAUAGUGAUAGUGAAAGAAUCGAAAAACCAGACUUCGAUAAGGAGGAUGAGUUGCUUGGACUUCCUAAAGGAUGGGAUGUGCUAGAGUCUCAUGAUGGUUUCUUGGCUGCAAGGGAGAGGAAUAAGAACAAGUUACAGAGUAGUGGCGAUAAUGAUUCAGGAGAGGAAGAAGAAAAAGGAGAGGAUGAUGUUGAAGAUGAAGAUGAAGAUGAAGAUGGAGAUGAAGAUGAAAAUGAAAAAGAAGAUGAUGGUGAUGGUGAUGGUGAUGACGAGGGCAAAGAACACGAAAGUGAUGAUAAUGAAGAAGAUGACGAGGAAAGUAAGGAAGAGGAGACUGAGGAAGGUAAGCGGAAGAGGAAGCGUAAAAUGUCUGUCGUUCAGAAAGCUUUAAACGAAAUGUGGGAGGAAUUCUAUAAUUUGGACUAUGAGGAUACAAUUGGAGACUUGAAAACAAGAUUUAAAUAUGUCAAGAUCAAACCUAAUAGAUUCGGGUUGAAGCCUAGUGAGCUACUAGCUUUGGAUGAGAAAGAAUUGAAUCAAUACGUUUCUUUAAAGAAGCUUGCACCAUAUACAGAUAAGGAAUGGAAGGUACCCAAUAGUAAGAGGUACCAGCAGAAAUUGAGGAUUAAGGAACUUCUCAAGGAGAAGCAAAGACAUCAAAAGGUCAGUAAGAAAAGGUCAAGAGAAACUGCCGAGCAAUCAAAGGAAGAUGAGAGCACAAAAUUGGAGGAUUCAGAGUCAUCAAAACAUGGCAAGAAAAAGCGUCGUCAAGCAACCAACAUAUCAGAGUCGAGACGCAAAGCAUACGGAAUGAUUUCUUCUAAUCCAAAAAAGAACAAACAUAAGCAUUGAUCAAAUCGAUACACUUCCAUGGAAAGCUUAUUUAUGGGAAUCAGAAAUACCAUAGGGCGUGGGAGUCCUUUGUCAAAUCCUUGCUUGCCCUGCGCAGGAAUCAUCACAGAAAGGAGCCUGACAGUCAAAUGGUGCAUCACUAGUCCAUAUAAUAGCACAUGACAUUAGGACGAAAUCACCAUUUGUAUCCUAUAGGGAGUAGCCAGCCUUGCACAACAAAAUAACAUGGCAGCGUCAAUACUGCCCACCCCAAUGGCGGUUUUUGGGGUUACCAGCCUAAAACCGAAUAUGACAUCGUGGUCGCGACCUAAAACAACCAUGUAGGGGCCAUGACUAGGGGUGAGCAAUCCGUUUAGUCUGUUGGUUUAGUUGGUUUUUUUUUGGAACAAAUUUAAUCGAAUUUAACACAUUAAGACCGAACCAGCUGACUUUUCUUGAUAAAACUAAUUAAAUUGAAUUGCCGUUAAUUCGGUUGGCUUUUGCAGUUAACUAACUCCAAUUUUAAAAAUUAAAAAUUAAAUAUAUUUGUUAUUUAUUAUGAAAAUAAAUAUAUUUUAAAUAAUUAAAUAUGUAUAUAUAAUAUAAGUUAGUUUUUUUUGGUUCGUUCGGUUUCAGGAUUCAAAAACCGAAAACCAAUUGAGAGAAGCAGUUAAACUGAUAACGAAAUUGACAAAACUGUCCAAACUGACUAAAUGGAGACCGGAAAAAAAAAAGUGUCAGGUUUUUUGUUUUUUCGUUAAAAUCGAUUUUUGCUAUCCUCUACCGAUGAGUACUCCCUUUCCACCACGGAAGGUCAUCCAAGCCAUCAAAAGGGAGCCUCUUUGAUGAAAGAGACACACCGCCCUUGCUUAACGAGGCCCCGAAGACGAAAACCUUCAGCCCCAAGGCAUGCCCAUGGCGACUCCAAAAAAUGAACGGGGAGGAUGAUCGUGGCCUAACAAAAUACGUGAUGGGAAGCAGCAAAAAGGAAGGGGAAAAAACAAGAACAAAGGAGAGUGCCAAAAAAGAAAAGAACGAAGAGGCAAGAAGCCCUAGGAAGAAAGAGCAAUUUGUGGCGGUCAACUAGGUUGCCGACCACAUGAGCGGCGGAACAACUAGGCGCCUUAGGGUUGUAAAAUGAGAGAGAGAAAUCUCUCCAUGGGAAGUACUUGCUUAUCAUAAAAUUCAAAAUUAUUAAAUUGAGUAUAAUUACUUUUGCUAGUUGCUCUAAUUCAUGAGUUGAGAAUUAGGAGUAAUUAUGCAGCAUCGUGAUUUUCAAAACAUUUGUAUAUUUAAGAAUUUAAUUAUGUAAUUAUAAUUCGUACUAUCUGAAAAA